AACCACUGUGGCCUUUUUAUUCUCUGGUGUUAAAUGCAGGGUAGUAGUAUAAUUUUGUUCAGUACCAAGAACUUAACAAAUACGGAUGUAAAGGCAAAACAGAAAAAGCUCCCUGCUUGUGUUCCAAAUUCUGAUGCAGACAAAAGGGUCGCAAAAGGGUGCUUCAGGAUCAAGCUGAGGAAGUAAAACCCAUCAUGGAUUUGCGGAGAAUUUUCUGGGUAAUCUUUUGUUCAGCUGCGAUUUGGUUAGCCUGUUGUCCAUCUACUGUGAUUGCCGGUGAUAUAGUACACCAUGACGAAAAAGCUCCCAAGAAGCCCGGUUGCGAGAACGACUUUGUUCUGGUCAAAGUUCAAACUUGGGUUAAUGGUGUAGAGGAUGAAGAAUUUGUUGGUGUCGGUGCAAGAUUUGGCACUACCAUAGUGGCAAAGGAGAAGAAUGCAAACCGAAUGCGCCUUACUCUGGCUGAUCCUCGUGAUUGCUGUAGUAUACCAAAGAAUAAGAUUUCUGGAGAUGUCGUCAUGGUGGACCGAGGCAAGUGCAAAUUCACGAACAAGACAAAUAAUGCUGAGGCUGCUGGUGCUAAAGCUGUUCUCAUUAUAAAUAACCAAAAAGAACUUUACAAGAUGGUUUGUGAGCGAGAUGAAACUGAUCUAGAUAUCAAAAUACCUACUGUCAUGCUUCCACAUGAUGCUGGUACUAGCUUGGAGCAAAAGCUGAUAAAAAAUAGCUCAACUGUGUUGGUGCAGCUUUACUCACCGCGGAGGCCAGUAGUGGACAUAGCUGAAGUGUUUCUAUGGUUGAUGGCAGUGGGUUCCAUCUUGUGUGCUUCUUAUUGGUCUGCAUGGUCUGCAAGAGAAGCAGCUAUUGAACAGGAUAAACUGUUAAAGGAUGCUGUAGAAGAUUUUCCAAGUGAAAAUCUUACAGGAACUGGAGGUGUUGUGGAGAUCAAUACAAUAUCAGCAAUCCUAUUUGUUGUUCUUGCAUCAUUCUUCUUGGUUCUGCUAUACAGAUUUAUGAAUUAUAAAUUUGUUGAGGUUUUGGUGGUUCUUUUCUGCAUAGGAGGUGUGGAGGGCUUGCAAACUUGCCUGGUUGCUUUCUUAUCAAGGUGGUUCAAGCAUGCUGCUGGGUCAUACAUUAAAUUACCUCUCUUUGGAGCUGUCUCAUACCUUACUCUGGCUGUUUCUCCCUUCUGCAUUGCAACUGCUGUUGUUUGGGCUAUUAAACGCAAUGAACCCUUUGCUUGGAUAGGCCAAGACAUACUAGGAAUUUCAUUGAUAAUCACAGUUUUGCAAAUUGUCCAUGUGCCUAAUCUCAAGGUGGGCACAGUUCUUCUCAGUUGUGCAUUCUUAUAUGACAUAUUUUGGGUGUUCAUUUCUAAGAAGUUCUACCAUGAAAGUGUGAUGAUUUCGGUAGCUCGUGGUGAUAAAACCGGAGAGGAUGGCAUUCCUAUGCUACUAAAGAUCCCACGAAUGUUUGAUCCAUGGGGUGGUUAUAGUAUCAUAGGAUUUGGGGACAUCCUUUUACCUGGAUUGCUGAUAGCAUUUUCACUCAGAUAUGAUUGGUUGGCAAAUAAGACUCUUCGAGCUGGGUACUUCUUGUGGGCAAUGUUGGCUUAUGGAUUGGGCCUUCUUAUUACAUAUGUGGCACUGAACUUGAUGGAUGGACACGGUCAACCCGCACUGCUUUACAUUGUCCCAUUUACACUAGGAACUUUUCUGACUCUAGGAAGAAAGAGGGGUGACCUGAAACUCCUAUGGACAAGAGGAGAACCCAUAAGACCCUGUCCCCAUAUUCAACUCCAAGACAGUGAAGAACUGAACCAAGAAAAGUAAGAUGGAAGACCUUUUAACCAUAUUGUAGAGCUAAUAGCACAUGGCUGAGUUGCUUGUAACUUUAUGGAAGCUGUAGCAUAAGAUGGAUAGGAUGUAUGAAAUUGAAAAUCAUGUGAUGUGCCAGCCAUAUAUUUGGUCUAGGGCUUGUUAAUGUAUUGUGUGUUGUAAACUUGAUUCUAGAAUGUGGACAUUGUAAGAAGUGCUUGUCUGUCUUAUGUCCCAAGAGUCCCUAUUUUAAGGGCAUUGGUGUUGAAAUU